GUCUUGCCAGCCACUGCCGUCGUGGUUUUGGCCGUCAUGUGGCAAAUACCAGUCGGUUGCGCCACUGGCUAUACAUAGCGAAGGUAGGUUGUCUCUGGCGUCGGUCGCAUUUCAGCAAUCAAAGACGACAUCGAGUUGUGUUUUGCCUGGCCGCGGCCGUGAAGAACAACCACACGGAUACAACUGUGCUUGUCCUUUGACGUGCAUGGGCUGGGAGCACCAACACGACAAGUUCUUUGCACGCUGGAAUGCAGCAUGAAACGGGUGGUCGGCAGCGCGUCGUCUGUCAAUUCGGACCGUGCAUGUGGUCGUCUGAUUCGAUUACGCAAGCGCAGCCACCCCCAACGUGUUCAUGUACACUGGGUCUGCACCGCUCAAGGGUUUGAGGGAGCGUCGUGGUCGUUCCAGUCCAUGGCUACGUGCAUGGCCUCGACUCCACCGACCACUUUGCGUCGCGCGCAGGCAAAGGGCACGUCCAGCCUAUCGUACAGCUCCUACAGCCCAGGCGCAAUGUGGACGCAGCCGCCAGAUGGUCUAAUCGUGCAGUUCUUGGCGCCAGGGGCUACACGGACCAGACUACGAUUUUACUUGCGUCACCACCAGGUCGAUACAAUGCGAGGGUUGUUUGUCGUUGCGGCGGUGGCGACCGCUCAAGCGUCUGGCGAAACGAGUCUCAAGCGAUGCGAUACGGGAAAGAUCGCUCUCACGUCCGUCCCGUAUAUGGCGACGCCAGCCGCCGAGGCGUGUGGCGCCGAAGCGCUGGGCGGCAAGUCCAUCCGCAGCAUCUUCGAGACGUCCGUGACGCCGCCGGACACGAUUGCCAAGAUGGUCCACACCCCCAGCUGCCAAACGUGGUGGAACGAGCUGUCGGCACCGUUUGCUCGCUUCAAGCCGUGCAUGUACCUCGGCAUGUCGAUCCAAAGCUUCUCCAACCUGUCCUUGGAAGCGUUUUUGGAGGCCAACAACCAGGAAAUCCAACGCUUCGACCCGAAUCGCCCGGCCGACAACAGCCCCAUUGAAACAGACGACGACGAUGCUCCGACGGACUCCCCUGCCGAAGAACCACCGACGACGGCGGUGCCAGUCAUCACAACGAUGGCCCCGACCACGACGACCGUAGCUCCACUCACGACGGCGUCGACGCCAAUUGUGAUGUCUCCCUCCGCUUCGUCCUUUCAACUCGCCACGUGGUGCUCGGUGGCUGCCGCCGUUGUCGCCGCGGUGCUCUAACUGAACUCUUCUGCCAAGGACCCGCCGAAGCAGUCCUCUUUAAUCGUAACACUGCAUGCCAUGUCCAUGGAGCGGUCUGCGUCGUCGCGCGCCAAGCCAGCGCAGCGUCGAUCUCACGCCAUCGCGCCGUU